AUGUUCAUCACAAUUGAAAGGGGUCUUUGCAGUUUGAGUGCACGGCGGUUUUUGGCUCAUUCACUCAAAGCAGAUCAUGGUUCAAUUCAACCCAACGUUCCUAAAUAUAGUGAGUUGCUCAAAACUGCCUUAAAUUCUGGACCUCGAAAUGAUUGGACAAAGGCCCAAAUCAAAUCUAUAUAUGAAACUCCCCUUCAAGAAUUGAUUUUCAAUGCUCAAAUCCAGCAUCGAAAAUUCCAUGAUCCUUCAGAAGUUCAAUUGUGCACUUUACUCAGCAUCAAGACUGGAGGAUGUACCGAAGAUUGUAAAUACUGCGCUCAGUCUUCCAGGUAUGACACAGGCACAAAGGCCGAAAAGAUGAUCAAACUAGAGGAAGUUAAAAAGGCAGCUAUCAAAGCCAAAGAAAACGGAUCCACUAGGUUUUGUAUGGGCGCCGCUUGGAGAGACAUGAAUGGCAGAAAAUCGGGCUUGAAGAGAAUUUCAGAAAUGGUCAAAUGGAUCAAUGAUGAGUUAAAAAUGGAGACAUGCGUUACUUUGGGCAUGCUUGAUAAGGAACAAGCUGAUACACUUAAAACCGCCGGGUUGACUGCUUACAACCACAAUAUUGACACUUCUAGAGAGUAUUAUCCCAAGGUGAUCUCCACAAGGAGCUAUGAAGACCGUCUACAAACUAUCAGAAAUGUCCAGGAGGUGGGCUUAAAGGCGUGUACGGGUGGUAUUUUGGGCUUGGGUGAAACCGAGGACGAUCAUGUGAGUUUCCUUUAUACCUUGGCUACCAUGGACAAGCACCCUGAGUCGUUACCUAUUAACAGAUUGGUUCCAAUUAAGGGCACUCCGAUGGAAAAGGAAAUGUCUGAGCUUUCCUCGGAUCUGAAAAGGAAAUUGAAAUUUGAUGCUAUCCUCCGCACUGUCGCUACUGCUCGUCUUAUAAUGCCACAAUCUAUUAUUCGUUUGGCUGCCGGCCGUUACACGAUGCAAGAGAACGAACAGUUUUUGUGCUUUUUGGCUGGUUGCAAUGCCAUCUUCACUGGAGAGAAGAUGCUCACAACCAUGUGCAAUGGGUGGGAAGAAGACACUGAGAUGUUGCGUAGAUGGGGCUUGAAACCAAUGAAGCCUUUCAGCAAGAAACCAACUACUUAG